CCGCUCUCACAUCAAAUAUUAACCCCACCCAGCACAGCUCUAAAACCCUAACCCUAGACCUCAUUUUUUUCUCAUCUCCCCUCAGCCAAAUCGCCCACAUCUCCCUCUGUCCUGAAACCUCUCUGAUGGCGGACGGAACAGCGCAAUACCCACCACCAACAGAAGUGGAGACCUCUCCCAUGGCGGAAGAAACCACCGCUCCUCCAGAAGAAUCGGUCCCAAACGAACCCACCGAUGCUCCGCAUGAGCAAGAAUCAGAAGAAGGGAAAACGACGAGCGAGGUUCCUCCCUCGGUUCCAGAUCUCAAGCGAAAGCUGGAGGAUCUCGAAGGCGAGGACGAGAAGAAGAAGGAAGAAGGAGGCGAUGUUGAAGCCAGCCAGAAGAAGGAUGAUGCGGAGGCUAAGGCCUCGGAGCCUGAAGAUGCCGUCGAUGCGAAGAGGCAGCGCCUUGAUGAUGAAGGUGUCGAUGGAUUGGGUGCAGAUGGAGGCCAAGAUGUCCAGAAAGAAGAUGCCCAACUGGCAGGCAAUGACCAACAUCCUAAUACAGAGAAAGCCAUAUCUGAACCUGUUGAGACUGUUGAAAAAUCCACUGAAGAUCUUUCUCAACAACACAGUCUUCCUUUCGCAGGACAACAGGAGACGUCAAGGAAAAUUGAAGUCCCUAACAAUAAGGUGGGUGUUCUCAUUGGUAAAUCUGGGGAGACAAUCAGGCUGUUACAGAGCAAUUCAGGUGCAAGAAUUCAAAUAACAAGAGAUGCUGAAGCUAAUCCAAAUUUAUCCACAAGGCCUGUUGAACUGACAGGAACCCUGGAAAAUAUCAUCAAGGCCGAACAACUGAUAAAGGACGUCAUAGCUGAGGCUGACGCGGGGGGUUCCCCUGCACUAGUUGCCCGUGGAUUUGGUGCUACGCAAUCUGGUUCAGAGGUGCAUGAGAUGCAAGUUCCAAAUGAAAAGGUGGGAGUAAUCAUUGGAAAAGGUGGUGAGACCAUCAAGGCCUUACAAACCAAAUCCCAAGCUCGUAUUCAGUUGAUACCUCAACAUCUUCCUGAGGGUGAUUCUUCCAAGGAACGAAUUGUGCGAAUAACUGGAAACAAAAAACAAAUAGAAGCAGCAAAAAUCAUGAUCAGGGAUGUCAUGGCUCAGACACCUGGAAGGCCAUCAAGUUUCUCAGGUGGACAAAACCAAGGCUAUCGUCCUCGUGGCCCUGCCACUCAAUCCCAAUGGGGACCCCGUGCUCGGCCUCCAGUACAGUCCCAAAUGCACCAAAACACAGCCUAUGAUUAUCCCCAAAGAGGUACAUAUCCAUCUCAAACCACGCAAUAUCCUCAGCAGUCCUAUGGCAGCAGCUAUCCACAACAGCCACCAAGGAAUCUUGGUGGAGGAGGCUGGGAGCAGAGGGCUGCUGCUCCUGGUCAAACCCCUGGUGGCUAUGAUUACUAUGGACAAGGACAGGGAAUGGGCAUUGGAUCUCAACCAUCGAACAAUGCAUCUGCUCCGACCUCUGCUCCUGCGAACUACUAUGGACCAAAAUAUGAUACUCAAGCUCCAGCAUUGCAGAUGUAUGGUCAGCAACAGCAGCCAGUAAGUUCUCAGCCUGGAUUUUAUCCUCAACAGGGAAGCACUACACCUCAGACUGCCUACGUACAUCAACCACCCUAUAGCAAACCUGCUGCAUAUACUGGAACCCCUCUAUCUUACCAAGGGCAAGCACCAUCAUCCUAUGGACCUGCCCAGCAGUCAUACGGUGGCCCAUCUCCUCAGCCAGGACCAGCUUAUGGUCAGAAUUAUGGGCCGGCAUCAGGGGUUGCUGAUGGAUACAACCAACCUCCAUCUGGGUAUUCUCAACCAAGCAACCAAGCUGCUCCUAACUAUGGGCAAGGUGCUCAGCCAGCUCCAGCCUAUGCUCAGCCAGUCGCACAAUCUGGUGGUUAUGGGCAAUAUCCAUCAUCACAGCCUGCCUAUGGGGAGCAAGUGGCAUCUAAUACUGCUAACUAUGGUUACCAAGGUGGCUCUGGUGAUGCAGCAGGUUAUGGAAACAGUGCUCCUCCGAGCUCUGGAUUUGGAGCGCCUCCUGCUGCUGGCACACAGCCUGUGUAUGGUCAAGCUGGGGGUUAUGUUCAACCACCAGUGAAUGCAGCAACCUAUGAUCAGUCGGUGGCGCAUUAUGCUCUGGUUUUGAAAGUAUCUGCUGUGUCAGAAAUUGUGUUGUGGGCAGGAUCGUGGAUUUCUCGUCUCUGA